CAAGGAUCGCGAUGACUCCAAGGAAAGCCGUGAGGAAAAGGAACGUAAAGAACGCAAGCAACGUCGAGAGCGUUGCGCAAAAUCAUCCGAGGAACGCCGCGGACACCGUCAUCGGUUCGGACAUGGGUUCAACUUUUCUCAUCUGAUCAAUCAGGUCAUCGAUCCGGCCAACAUUCAGUCGGCCUUUAUCUCGGCCGACGCUGCAGCAGCUGCUGCUGCGGCCGCCGCUGAAUCCGCAGAGGAAGCAGUCCGAGCAAGCAUGGCCAACUGCCCGUUGUUUGCUGCGGCAUCUACAAGUCAUUCGACUUCUGCAUCAGCGUCUGCUUCGGCUUCCGCUUCAGCAUCGGCGCCGACUCAGCCUGAAGCUAGCGCUUCAACCACCACUGAGAAACCCCAAGAAGCUGCUUCAUCUUCGUCAAUGAACGCAGAGCCACAAGCUCAACAACCCUCAACAUCUGGCACCACUUCGCCAAACACUCCCAAACAGGCCCAAGAUGUGAUCGAUCUUUCUUGGCUUGCUCCAACUCCGGAGAGCAUUCAGAAAAUCAAUCAAACCUUCUCAAGAAUUUUGGAUCCACUCGGAAUGAACAUCGAAAUCCGUUCGAAUGGUUCUCCAAAACCGGCCCAAACUCAAACUCCUACUGAGGAGAAGAAGGACAAGACAACCGAAACGGCCAACACCCCCACCACCAGUACUCCCAGUCAGACGCCGCCAGGAGGUGCUGGAACUAGCAGCAAGGCCACCGAGAUGGAUCCCAUCGUUGAGCUCGAAAAGAAACUGGAAGCCGUUCUGAUGGAUCAACCUAAGGCGAAAAAGACCUUGGAUCAGACCGAUACUACUCUGGAAAGUAGCUAUGAUGACGAUUGUUCUUCGGUCAGCAGUGUCUCGUUGUUGAGUGACAAUGAUGAUUCCAUGGGAGCCGUAGCUAAAGCCGAAAAGAGAUGGACCAUGUUGGAUAUUCCCAACGACGGUUCACCUGAUGCGACUCAGAAAUCUGCGGAAGAACCUAUGCAGGAAGCCAUAGCGGUGAAAGCACCAGAGCCUGUCAUUGCUUCCACAUCAUCUAUCCCUGCUACACCCGCCGCAACAGCAGCUGGAAGUUACCCGGAAGCAGGUUCUGCUUCUUCCGCUAACAACGGCAGUACUUCCAAGCCAAUCGACUACGAACAGCUGGGCAAAGCUUUGAAGCAACAUCUGGAAGCUGAGCAACAGGCAGCUGCUGCAGCAACAAAGAACGCAUCUCCCAGCCCGGCGCAGUCGCCUGCUGAGGUUCCGAAGAAAGCAGUGACACCCCCAGCGGCAGCGGUAGCAGCGAUGUCGAUUCCGGUUGUGCAACCCAGACCUGCAGCCAAUGUUAUAUUCAGUCACAGGCCUCACGUCAACCAUGCCGUUCACACCAUGAUGGCCAUGGGCUUCAGCAACGAGGGAGGUUGGCUCACGCAGCUGCUGGAUUCGGUCAACGGAGACAUCCCGAGGGCUCUGGAUCUGCUGACGCCGCAUAAGAUCAAUCCUUAAAUUUCUACUAUCUAUUACUACCUAUGUAUUGGGCUAUUCUGUAGUACUUUCGAUAUGCUAGUGAUAACAAUAACAAACUAUUCAAUGUUAGCAAUACAACUAACAAACACAACAACACAAAUUACAUGCCACACACUGUUUUUGUGACGUUCGAUAAGAAUAUUGUUGGCCGUAGUAGCUGCAACGUGGUGAUAGCAAGUAGGAUGUAAGAAUUUUACUCACAAACACAGAUUAUUAUUUUGAGUACCUCCCUCCCUGAUUGAAUGACUUAUUGUUUUACAAAACUAUUGAAUUUGGCUUUACUCUGAAGGCUGUAGUAUACAUAUACGAUUGUUUAUUUUAUCAAUCCUUUUACUACAUUUAUGAUCAAUAUUACAUAUUAUUAUGUAUUCAAUAUGCAAAUGCAAAAAAAGAACAAAAUAAAUAAAAUAAAAAUCAUUA